GCAAGAGGAGGAGGUUGUCGUGGCGUGUUAAGGAGGGGCUGAUUAAUCCGAUAUUUAAAAAGGGUUUGCAGCCUCAGCCUGCUCUGCUGCACGUCUACUCGGAAGCUCAGCAGUGUGAAAAGCAGAGAGGCCUGUUUUAAACGCAUGGCUGGAGGAGAGGUGGACUGGACCGUCAUCGUUCUGACAUGUCAGCACAAGGACAGCGUCUUUGCCUUCCAAAAAGAGCUGGAGGUCCGCAGGGACCGGGGCUCCUUGGGGCGACAGCCCAUCCUGCUCACGGUUGAAGACCCCAAGGGCCAGGUUGGCAGUGGAGGAGCCACCCUCAACGCGCUCCUGGUGGCAGCUGAGCACUUGAGCGCUCGAGCAGGCUACACGGUGGUCACAUCUGAUGUGUUGCAAAAGGCCUGGAUCCUCAUUCUGCACAUGGGCCGGGACUUCCUAUUUGAUGACUGCAGCCGAGCAUUCACCUGCCUCCCCCUGGAGGAGCCUGCAGCCCCCGCUGAGGCACUCACCUGCAACCUGGACAGCCUCCUUGCAACCCUGAUGCACCAGGUCAGUGUGGCGGAUCCUUGCAGGCUGUCCUCUUUCAGUGCCUUGGUGGGCUUUGCCCUCUCCCUGCCAACCCCCACCGUGCCCUGCAGGGGCUCAGAGGUGCUGCUCCUGGUCCUACAGGCUCAGAUUCCUCCUCCUUGCCUCCAUUUCCAGGUGUGCAGAGGCUCACCCCCAGGGGUCUGGGUUUCCAGCACAGAUAUGCUUCUCACAGUCCCAACCAUGACAGAGAUCGACUGGCAUGGAUUCCAGGGGGUGAGAGUCAUUGCUGUGCCCGGGAGCAUCUCCUAUGCCAGGCAGCAUGGAGUCUACCUUGCUGAUGCUCAGGGGGUGGUGCAAGACAUCUUCUACCAAAGCCCUGAAGACCAAAUCCGGCAGUGCGUGGGGCCGGAUGGGAAGGUCCCGCUGGUGUGUGGGGUUGUCUUCUUCUCCUCUGAAGCAGCGGAGCAGCUUCUGGCCACUCAUGUCAUCCCACCCCUUGAUGCCUGCACGUACAUGGGGCUGGACUCGGGAGCCCCCGCCAUCCAGCUCUCUCUCUUCUUCGACAUCCUGCUCUGCAUGGCCCAGGGAGUCAGCGAAGAGGCCUUUGUGAAGGGUCAGAGACCAGGGAUGGGCAGCGGCGACAAUGUCCAGGAGGCAGGGGCAGAGAGAAGUGCCCGUUCCGUGCUGUGGAAAGCUCUCCGUGCCGUGCCUCUCACGAUGGCGUACAUCCCUGAGGGUUGCUAUGACUACAUGACCAUGUCUGCCAGCGACCACAUCCGCCACCUCACGCCCCACCCAGGCAAUGCCCGCAGCAGGUUCUUCCGCAAAGUGGCACAUUCCCAUGUGGCUGAGCCUCAGCUGCUGGCUGAGGGCUGCUCUGUCACCAACAGCCUCUUGGAGGGAGCAGUGAAGGUGGGGCCUGGGAGCGUGAUCCAGCACUGCCACUUGAAGGGUCCUUUGGAGAUCCACACUGGCUGCCUCCUCACUGGGCUGGACGUGGUAUCCUCCGUGGCCCUCAGGAGCUACCUGCUUCGGGACGUGGUUGUCCAGGGACACACUGUCAGGCUGAGGGGGAUCCCUUGCAAGGUCUUUACCCUGAGUGGGCAUCAUGAUGACUGGCAGAGUACGGCAGAAGAAAGCAGCACCUACCUGAACAUGCCCUGGAAUGAGUUUUUCCUCCACACUGGAAUACGGAGUCACGACCUUUGGAGCCCAGACAUCCCUUCCAGCCGCCGCUGCCUGCUGAAUGCCUGCCUGUUCCCUGUGCUGCAUGCCUCCGAGCCCCUGGGAGUCGGGGACGUCCUCUGGCUCUUGGGCUCCCCUCUUUCUCCUCCAGGGGCUGAGCAGCUGCAGCGCUGGCGGACUUCCUGGCGCAUGUCCUGGGAGGAGCUGCAGGGGAGCCUGGACCAGGAGGCGGAGCUGGCUGCCCGCAGGGCCACCUUCUUCUUGCAGGCCCAGAGCAAGACCAAGAGGGUCCUGAUGGAGCACAGCAACUGCAGCCUUCUACCGCUGAUCCGCUCCGCAGCCCUGGAGGGCUACCACAAGGCCAUGCUGGAGACACUGGACCAGGUUGCCUCCAUGGCCAGAGACCCUGGCGUUGCUGCUCGAUCCUUGGCUUGCAUUGCUGACCUCCUGGGCUGCCUGGCCAAAGGGGAAGGGGGCUUACGGAGCGGCCCAGCAGCCAAUGCAGCUUGGGCCCAGGCCUUCCAGCACCUUGAGAAGGGGGACAUCCCUGAGGGCGUCAAGGAGCUGGCCAAGGAGAGGAAGAAGUGGCUGGACAGGCCUGUCCUCCUUGUCCGCGCCGCUCGGCACUACGAGGGUGCCGAGCAGAUCCUUGUCCGCCAGGCUGUGAUGUCCUCCUGCCAGUUCAUCAGCCUCAGGCAGGCCACGCUGCCUCCCAUGGGCCGCUGGCUGAGAGUGGCCUGCCCAGCCAGAAUAGACCUAUCUGGUGGCUGGAGCGACACCCCUCCCAUCACAUAUGAACAUGGAGGCGCAGUGGUGGACCUGGCCGUCCUGGUCGAUGGGCACAGGCCCAUUGGUGCACAGGCCCGGCGCAUUGCCGAGCCAGAGCUGCGGCUCGUUAGCAGCAGCGGGAGGCUGGAGGGAGAGAUGGUGGUGGAGCUGGUCUGCAGAGACCUGGAAGACCUGAGGGAUUACUGCCAGCCUCACGCACCCGGAGCUUUGUUGAAAGCAGCUUUGAUUUGCACCCACAUUGUGGACCUUGCUUCUCAGAAUUCCUUGCGGGAGCAACUGAUGGAACACUUUGGAGGCGGCUUUGAACUCCGCACUUGGUCACGUCUUCCUCACGGAUCAGGACUGGGCACCAGCAGCAUCUUGGCAGGGGCUGUGAUGGCUUCUCUAUACCAGGCAUCCGGGCACUCCACCAGCGUUGAGUCCCUCAUCCAUGCCGUGCUGCAUUUGGAGCAGGUUCUCACCACAGGUGGAGGGUGGCAGGACCAAGUGGGUGGGCUGGUGCCAGGCCUCAAGAUUGGGCGUUCAAAGCCUCAGCUGCCACUAAAAGUAGAAGUGGAGCAAAUCACUGUCCCGGAGAGCUUCAUGCACACCCUGAAUGAGCACCUGCUCCUAGUGUACACGGGCAAGACCCGCCUGGCCCGCAACCUGCUCCAGGAUGUUCUAAGAAACUGGUAUGCCCGGCUACCCACCAUUGUGCAGAAUGCCAGCGCACUGGUGAACAACGCAGAGGAGUGUGCCCAGGCCCUUCGGCAAGGCAACCUGGCUCUCUUGGGCAAGUGUAUGAAUCAUUACUGGCUGCAGAAGAAGAAUAUGGCCCCUGGGUGUGAGCCUUUGGCUGUCCGGCGCAUGAUGGAGGUGCUCCAGCCUCAUGUCUAUGGGCAGAGCAUGGCUGGCGCUGGAGGAGGUGGCUUUCUCUAUGUCUUAACUAAAGAGCCCAGGAACCAAGAGGCCUUGCAAAGGAUCUUGAUGGAAACAGAGGGCCUGGGGAAUUUCAGCAUCCACACUGUGAAGGUGGACACAGCUGGCUUCCAAAUGCAGCUUCUGGAGGAGGAUUGGGAGCCAUAGGCACUGCAGGGAUUCCUGCCCACAUCCUACAGCUGUGCAAGAUCUAUGGAUGAAUGACUCAGUGGCUGAAUUUGGUUUAGUAUUUCUUUGGAAGAUUCAUGCACUCCUUCACUGAAGAUGGGGUAAAAACAGCAGCUGCCCCACCCAAGUGAAAAACAAUACUUAGUUGUGAAUUAGUAGGGCCUGGCAGUCAGAUCUGCCGCAUUCUUCAGGAAAUUAUGUGAAGUAAUCAAUGAAAAACUUUUUAUUUC